UGUCCCUUUAACAGCAGCUGCAUUGGCUGGAGAAUAGAUGAGCGCGCGUCAUAUAUUAUAGUCUCUUUAUAUUCAUAUGGAUCAUAUACAGCGAUGCGAUGUGCGGGAUGACUGGAAGAACAUCACUGAUGUCUGAUGCGCUGACUCAUUUAACGGAGUGUUUUAGCAGGGCAUUGGUAUGGGCCAGUAAUGAAUGGUGAAGGGGCUCCCAGCAGCCUGGACCAUUCCUGCUGCCCGCUGCCCGACUGGAGGGAGUUCUGCGAGCUGCACGCGCAAGCUUCUGCCACCGAUUUUGCCUACAAGUUCCGCCGCUUCAUCAGCGAGAAUCCCUGCUACGACUCGCCUGGUGCAGACGCCAGCUUCUCGCAACACUUCGCCCAACACUUUUUAACCUGCUUCUCUGCCACCCUUGAGCAAGUACAUGGUGCCGGGUCACCGGGCAACACCUCCACCCCGAAGUAUAGCAUUGUUCCAUUCGUGGGCAUCCAGGGCUGCACGUUGCCCUUCACCCACAACCUUUACUGGCAUCACAAAGACGUGGGAGUGUCGAGUGAAUCGCUGAACAGCAUGGACAGCGGAGAGGGCAGAGCCGGUGGACUGGAACAGCAGACACCCACUCGUAAGAUGGCUGGUGUCAGUCAGUCGAGGAGUUCAGAGGACGUGUCGCUCAGUCAUCGCAAGGCACGCUUCAAGAAGGGCUUCUCUCUUCGCAAUAUGAGUCUGAGUGUGGUGGAUGGGGUAAAGGAGAUCUGGCACCGUAGGGCAUCUCCGGAACCUGACAUCUCGAGCAGCUCCAGGAGAUCCAACGGUGCAGAGGCCACGGGGGUGGAGCACUGGAGCCAGAAGCUGCGUCUGCCACGUGGCGCUCAGGGUCACAGGACGGAGCUGCUGGAGAUCCAGCGUGAGGGGGUGCUCAGAUACAUGGUGGCCGAUGACACUCACUGCAUGGGUGCCGCGCAGUGGCAGAAAUGCAGGUUGCUCUUGAGGAAGAGCGCUGCGUUCAUGGACACUGGAGAGAAGUUCCUGCUGGAGUUUUACGUACCACCAAAGUCAUCCAAACCCAAAGUGAGUGUUCCUCUGUCUGCCAUUGUGGAGGUGAGGACCACGAUGCCACUAGAGAUGCCUGAUAAAGACAACACGUUUGUGCUCAAGGUAGAAAAUGGUGCUGAAUACAUCUUGGAGACCAUUGACUCACUGCAGAAGAACUCGUGGGUAGCUGAUAUCCAGGACUGUAUAGACCCGGGGGACAGUGGAGACGAUAUUGAGCUCUCGUCAUGUGUUCACAGUCAAGCGCUCAAAGACUUCUCACUGGUGUCAUCAUGUAGCUGUGAGCAGCUCUGUGACGAGACACGGCGUCCGUCGGAGCGCUUGCAGUGCAGUAAUGCAGCUGAUCACUCUGCAGCUUACUGUCAAGAGAUACCAGUUACACAACAUCCUUCACACGUGCGCUUAGAACGAUUCCUGCAGUCGCCCGAUGCCCACAACACUAACACAACUGCAGGAAGUCCAGCUGAAGCUCAGAGAGAAGCAGAAGCUGAUGUCAGUUUGGCGGGUUACCCGUGGUUUCAUGGGACACUGACACGUGUUCGUGCAGCGCAACUCGUUCUAGCCGGUGGCACUCACAGUCACGGCCUGUUUGUGAUCCGUCAGAGUGAGACGCGGCCUGGAGAAUAUGUGCUCACAUUUAACUUCCAGGGCAAAGCAAAGCACCUGAGAUUAUCAGUGAAUGAUAACGGUCAGUGUCACGUCCAUCAUCUGUGGUUUCACACCAUCACUGACAUGUUACGACACUUUCACACACAUCCCAUUCCUCUGGAGUCUGGGGGAUCCACCGACAUCACGCUACGAUCAUAUGUACAGGUCCAGAGAUCACCUACAGAUGUUGCGUCUCAUGUGUCCUCACCCUCCCUACGGGACGUCGCCGUCUGUCGGUCUGAAGUCGUGGUGUCAUCAGACACGCCCUUGUCGUCCAGCGCAUCAUCAUCACCGAUGGCUCCGCCCACCGCUGCUGCAGGACUGCACAGCCGCAGCAACAGCGCAGAGAGACUGCUCGAACCCGCCUCCGACAGCACAGACGAUGACAACGACGGCUCGCGGCGGACUCGCGCAGUAGAGAACCAGUACUCCUUCUACUGACCUCACAGCUGUCAAUCAAACUGUCAGUCCAGCCCUGUGAUUAUUAGUCUUCUGGAACACAUUCUGCUGUUUGUUUGUUUCGUUUCUCGUUUAUUUAUCAAACCCUGAACAAGCUGCAGAGACAUUAUCGUUAAAACCAUGAAACACAUGUUGUUUGUGAUGUGAUGCGUGUUCAUGUUUAAUAAAAUGCCCCAUGAAAAUGAGUCUUUGUCAUAUUUGCACCAAACACUUCAAUGAUAUUGAUCACCUAAUUUAACAAGAUCAAGAAAUAUAAUUUAUUCAACUAAAUGAGGCAGAAAUACUGCUGUGGAAAAAGUAAGUGCACCCACCAGUUUUGUUCUCCAGAGGAUCACUUAUUGCUCAGAUGUUGCUCAUUCAUUGCUCAAGAGAGGUCUCGGAUGUUUCUCCUAAAAUGAAAUGAAUCUCUCAGGUUCACGUGGUGUUGAGUCGCUCCAGCUCUCAUCUUCAUGAUCUCUCUGGUACCAGCAGUUGAAAAACAGAUCUGUUCGUUAUGUAUCUGUAUUCAUGAAGAAUAGUGAAGUCUUCCUCACAUGAUACUGACGGUGGUCUGCUUGACCUGCAGACAGGUGAUCUGGAUUUAGUGUGAUUAGUAUCUAUGGACUGACAUUAGGAAAUGAUUGAUCGCAAUUUCUCUGUAAAUGACAUUCAAACACUCCCAUAAUAA